GCGGAGAUUUUAAAUUGGGAAAACUGUUCAUUUUGACACUUACUUUUUUGCUCUGAAAAUUUCAUCCCAUUGCAUUUGUCUACAGUUCAAUGUCACCUUUAUACGAUUAUGUUAAUCAGGUUCAAAAUGCCUAUAUCCAUCAGGAUGAACAACUUUUCAGCAGUCUCUUCAAUAUCAAUAUUGCUACUCCAACCGUCCUUUCAGAUGCUUUAAUGAAUACUAGAGAAGAUCAAGUGGAGAAUAUUGUCAACAGCCAGUUGGAAGAUAUAUCUUAUGCGUUAGCUGAAGCCACACACAACUACCUCAAAUGGUUACGCUGUUUGUCAGAUCCCGAUAGAACAGUUGUUUUUGAGACGUUUACAACAUUGUAUAGCUCUUUGAUACCCUUAUUUAAUGGAUCUGAUUCCUUUUUUCAACUGCCAGUGGUGAAAACAUUAUCAACAGCAUUUGUACAAUUAGCCUUCGAUGUUGAUAAAACAAGGGGGCUCAAAGGCAAAGCACGAAAAGCCAAUACAGCAGCCCGAUUAUUGUCGAAAAUGUUUAAUAUCAUGUUAGCUGACAGGUCACCGAUGGAAACGUCGAAACGACAAGGCAUUUUCCAUGUUACCAAUUUGGCUUUUAAAGUGUAUUUCAAAUUGAACAAUAUCCGUAUGUGUCAAACAUUCAUGUCGAAUAUACGGACAGGAGGUGUUGAGUUGGAACAAUUUCCUAUCAGUGAGCAAGUGACAUACAAAUACUAUACAGGGAGAUAUGCACUGUAUCACGGACGAUUAAAACAGGCUGAGGAAUACUUGCUUUUCGCCUUUAACAAAUGCCAUAUCGAUUACUGGAACAACAAAAGGCUUAUCCUCCAUUACCUCAUACCGACGCGUAUCAUUUUGGGCUAUUUUCCUUCCCUUAUGCUAUUAAGAAAGUACCAACUUGAAGAAUAUUUCGCGCCUCUGAUGCGAUGCAUCCGAUCCGGUCAUAUGGCGGGAUUCUUACACCAUCUAGAGGCUUAUUUUGCCUAUUUUUACCGUCACUUUACAUACCUGUUGUUGAAAGAAAGAGGUGUAGUACUGAUUUGGCGUUGUUUGAUCAAGAAUCUGUACCGGCAACAGCAGAUUUUAGGCAAUACCAAACCGGCGAUUGACUUUGAUUUAUACUUGACAGCUUUGUAUACAUCUUAUGACGACCGUUCUUAUAACCCACAACAACAACAACAAGAACAACCAAAGCAAGUAUUCGAUUUGAAUGAUGUGGAAGGUAUCUUUGUAUCGUUAAUCAGUCAGGGGUACAUACGUGGCUAUUUACAACACCAAAGACAUCGUAUUGUGCUGAGCAAAGUCAACGCUUUUCCUGCCAUUUCAAGCGUCCAUUUGCAUGUGGAAAGGUACAAUGAAACAUUGAUGGAAGAACACAUGACAAACGCACAACCUGCAAUGCCUCCUGAAAUACAAGAAAUCAUCAGCAACGGUACUUGUCAACAAUAGAAAAAAGGGAUGAUCCUUUUCUUUUUCCUCAUUUUUUUUUGCUGAUUGUGCGUCUAAACUACAACUAAACGCACAAAAAAAAAUAAAAUAACAAAAGCUCACAUAA